GUAGUGAGAAACAGGACGGAGCUAACAAAGACAGCUAGGAGGAGCAGCCAAACUAAAUACCUGCGUUACCCGUCGUUUUUCUGUAAAGACAACCGGACAGCGACAUAAACCGUCUUGUUUUGACAGGUUAAUGUUCACGCAGGAGGGCAGGCUGCUGUCACGAUGACCGGGUCGGUUGAAUUUUUGGGGGCUCUUCCUUCCUCCGGGCUGACGGUGUCGGUGGGGCUCCUCGGUUCCGCCUGAGCUCCUCUCAGCUGCUGCUGCUUCACAGGCCGGCUGUCGGACGCUCAGCUCAGGGGGUGACGAUGCAGGGCGGUUCCCAGGACCCCUCACAUAGUACAGGGGAAGGAGGGGAGCUGACACAUGCAUCAUCUAAAGAGACCCCCGGGUCUCCAGAUGCCUCCGAAUUGGGGAGCCCGCGAUGCACGCCAAACUUUGACCUCCUCAACAUGGUGGUGUCGUACAAGAGAAUGGCUCUGUUCCUAGAACCAGCUGCAGAUGCAGUGGAGCUGACCCGCUUCCUGCUCGGAUGGAAGAUGCCCCUGUGCUCUCUGCUCGUCUGUUUGUUCCUCAACGUCGUCUUCUGCACUGUUAAUGAAGUGGGUUGGAUCACAGUGGGUGUGGUUGCGGUGGCGGUGCCUGCUGCCCUGGGUUACCUGCAGGACAGGUGUGGGGGCAGAGCCUCAGACGCAGAGCUUCACAGGAGGCGCUUUCACGCUGUGCACCGCAGGGACCUGCUGACAGUGCAUCUCACCAAACAGGAGGCCAUGCUGGAAGUUAAAGACCUGUUGAAGCAUCUGGAUGACUUGCUGUCCUCUGCCUGCCUGUCAGCAGAAACCUUUUACAAGGUCCUGUACUGGGAUAAUCACACCACAUCAUCAAGGUUCUAUGGAGGGAUGUUAGUAUUGGUGUGCCUGCUCUACGUCGCCCCCCUGGGCUGGGUGCUCGCUGGGCUCAACAGCACAAUGUUCCUGUGGAACAGAGAUUUCUGCAGAGUUCUGUUGGACCUCAGGAAACUGCUCCACAUCGGCCAAGCUGAGGCCUCAGAGGGAAAGUGUGAAGAACAAGAGCACAGUAACCUGUUGGACAGCACCCCCACACCGACCAGUGUGGAGGACCUGUCUCCUGGCAGUGUGGAGGAAGCUGAAGAGGCUGAGCCUGAUGAUGAAUUUAAGGAUGCCAUUGAGGAACAUUCAGUUUCCCUGCAGGAGGAUGAUGACGGGCCUCUCGGAGCUCCCGAGUAUGACACCAUCUCCGAAAAUGGUCUCUUGAGCCGCAACGAACCAAUACGCAGCAAGGUGUCCAAACUGACGGAGAAGCUGCGUAAACGCUACCCCACCACCAGCACAGGCAACUGUUCGAGCUGCAGUGCCGUCUUCUCAGUGCUGAAGAAAAGGAGAAGCUGCAGUAACUGUGGCAACAGCUUCUGUUCCCGAUGCUGUUCCUUCAAGGUGCUGAGAUCUUGCAUGGGGGCAACAGCUCCAGAGGCCCAGAGAGAGACUGUGUUUGUUUGUGCUGCCUGUAAUUCCUCUCUCAUCAAGUUACAAUGAGGUGUCUGUCUCGUCUCCCAGUGGCCAGCUGGAGGCCGUUCACCGUUCGCCCCCCGAGCUCUCCUCCAAGUGACUGAAACCCCAACACAUGCCUUGGUUUUCAAUUUAAGGCACUUAUGUGUGUCAAGAGCCCCCCCCCCCCCCCAUGCCUUCAACAGUCGCAUUCCUCCUUAUCUAAUCGUGUCGCUUAUGGGACUUCUACUGUAAUAUGUUAAAUAUUUCUUGUCUCAACUCUCACUGAAAAAACUGGACCUCAUGAAUCAAUGAGACUUGCUACAGAGCACAAAAUCAAAGGACUGUUUCCCUUUGCUGAGCAGAGGGAGGUGUAACACAUGCAGGGCGGAGGCCAUGAUUGGGCUGGUGUUUGGUUUAUAAGCUGUCAGUGGUUUCGCUUUUCCAUGCUUUGCCUCGCCACAAAGUCAAUGCCACUUGAAUGUGGAUAUCUUCAGCCCUGUGUAGCAGUUAAACUAUACUGUAUUGGCGAGAGACCUUUCCGUACAAAGGACGGAGCGAUAGCGCGAUGGUGUGAGUAAAGGCUGGCAGUGUGAAUUUUGAUUGUUUAGGUGAAGAAAAUAGUGGACAUGCGACCUAAAGGCGCUCCACAUUUGGCUGUGAUUUCCUCCGUGUCUGCAGGCUGGCCAGUCAGGCUGGUUUGCCGUCAAACGUUAUACUUUGACCUGCAGCUGGUCAACAAUGUCAUGUGAUUAGUUCUGGGUUUGUCCAGGGCUUUUGGGACAAUGUUUUUUUUCCCCACCAGUUAGAGGAGCUAAGACACAAGGGGAAUGAAUAUGGGAUGCCAUAAAACAAUAGUAACUUUAUGGCAGUAAAUUGAAAGUGUAAGGCCUGCAGUGAAUCACAUAACAUUGACUAGUUGCCAGCAGGGGUGUUAUAGAGGGUGGUAAACGAGGCUUUGUAAGCAUUUUGUCAAGUUUGUUUUUUGGACCAGCUUCAUCGACGUGUUAUGAUGUAAUUGGCACAUCACUUUGGUCGUCAUUGACAUUUUUGGAACAUAACAGCAGUCUAUAAGUCGGAAAAACUGCCAGAGGUCCUGUGCUUUUCCUCGAACUGGAUCAAAGUCGACCCAACUGGAUUAAGUAGACUGAUGAGCAGCCAUCUGAAACCAUCAUCAGAGCCUCACACUCUUGCGAGCGGGACUUAAAAGAAUUGAUGUAGAGGCAUUACAAACCCAAAUGUGGACUGUGGUGGAAAAGUUGUUUUAAUCAUGAUUCAGACACAGAUGAUUGUAAUAGUUUGCUUUGCUUUUAUUGUAAUCAGAUAUGAACUGUUACUACAAAUUGUUCUAUUAUAUCUAAUAUAUUUAAUUUAAAACUCCAGAAAGUGCAAGUUAUUAUUUCACCCAGUGAUUAAGUCUGUAUAUAUUGCCCUUAUUUUAUGGAUGAGAUCUGCCAUUAUUGAAAUAAACUCUGUGAUGAUUUCAUUAACUUAAA